UAAAAAUAGAUGUAAUUGUGAUUGUAAUCGUUUUCUUAACCCUUUUUUUCACCAUAUAGUAUCGCCCGAGCAUAGCGAGAAUAAAAUGAAUAAUCUUACCUGAGAUAUCUCGUGUGAGAUUUUGCAGGAAGGCUCUUAGAACCUUAUAAUAUAGCGUAUAAUUAGAUUGUUCUUGAAAAUUUUUAAUUACAACUUAAAUAAACAAAAUAUAAUUAAAAAUUAAUAUGUUGACUUCUUUUACAGGUAUUAUGAAGAAAAUCGCAGUGGAUAUGACUGACUUAAGCAUUUCAAAAAAUAUUGAUAAUCAACAAGUAGUUAUGCUUAAAAAAUUAAUUGUUUUAAGUAUAGUAGCAAAUAGUAGUAAUUCUGAUCUCAACCGCUUCAUGAAUUGUACUAAAAAAGUUCCUUUUGAGGUUAAGGAAAAUAUUUUUAAAGUUAUAUACGUUGAAAUAAAACGAGUGUAUUUCACGUUCUUAGAUUUACUAAUACCGUACAGAUAUCUAAUCAAAGAAAAAGUAUUAGAGUAUUUAAAUAUAUUAAAAAGUAACAAGAUUAACAUUCAAAAUGAAUUGAAAAAUCUGUCCUCAUUUUCUGAUAAAGAAGUAGUAUUUUAUGAAGGUGGGUGGUUAUUUAUUUAUUUACUUAUUUAUUCUUGAAAUCAUUUUUACCAUCCCUGGUAGAAUCGGUAACCCACUUAAUGGGCAGUUUUUGGCAUAGAAUCUAAAAACUGGACAAUUUUCUUUGCUAUUUUUUAGGCAUAAUGUUACUCGUACUGAAAAAAAUCGCGCAAGAAAUUGGUCGAAAACCUCACGCGGUCUUCACGCAAUUUUUUUUAAGUAGGGACGCUUUUUAACACACCUAAUGAGCAGUUCUUAGAUUCAAUUUACUUACCUUAUUUUUAAGUAUUAACUGGCCAUUCUUCAUGUUAAGUCUACAGCGCCCUCUCAGUAAACAAUAGCGGACACGCCAUAAGAAGCUUCCUUGAUCCCCCCGGUCCCAGGUCCGCUAUUGCUUAUUGAGGGGGCGCUGUAGACUAAUAG